AUGGAGCGAGCCUCUGUAAAGAUUUGGAACUGGAUUGAGGGACUUUCAACGGAUAAGCAAAAACAUCUUCUGCAAUGGCAACUGCAAGCUAGAGAACAAAUUCACAGCUUUAAGGACGUACGACUUGGCGAUCAUCUGGUAAGAAAAGAUUCCUUCCUUGGGCUGGUUCCGUACGAGCAUCAUUUUAUCUGCGUCGGUUUCAACGGUGAAGGCAAACCGCUGAUUGUGCACUACUACAAUACACCAUGGAAAGCCACCGCUCAGUUGAUCCCUAGUAUCUCAGGCUGUGGUUCUCCCAUUGAACAACUGGCAGCGGUUCAGGAGAUGUGUAUUGAAGAGUACGUCGGCGAAGCGAAGCUGCAAACGGAAGGAAACGAGGUGGCAAGAGUUGUGUGGCCAGAGGAACUGCUCCGGUAUCCUCCAGAGGAAAGGGCUAAAAGAGCCAGGGAAAGGGCUAGGAAAAAAGAAAAAUGGUACGAUUUAGAGAAGAAUAACUGCGAGACCUUAAUCAUGUGGUGCUUUUCUGAUUUACAAAUCAGUCUUCAAGUGACCACUGCUGUUCGAUAUCUUCGUGAAGUUACUGGCAGUGGAUAUAAUUCUCUCAGACAGUCACUUCAGCAAGUUCCAAAAGUAGUAGUUGAACAGUUUGGUGACGACAUAAUUCUUGCGGUGAUGCGACUUAUGAGGGCAAAGCCUGUUGCAGCAGCUCUUCCGAAAGGAAUCGGUGUCUGGGGUGGAGCAGUAGUGGCCAUUUUCGCAGAGGCUUUUCUGGCUUAUAGAGAAAUUAAGUCAGCUAAACAAAAAUGGAAGGAGGGAAUUGUCAUAAAAACCAGAAAGGAGUUUAUCAAGGAAGUCAUUGAUAGUGUUUUGUCAGCUCCCUUCCGUGCCGGUGGAAGUAUUGGUGGAAUGAUGGUUGGCCAGUUGUUAAUCCCUAUUCCAGUCCUUGGUGGCAUAAUUGGAGCUGUACUUGGUUAUUUAUCAGGCCAUUGCACCUCAAAACUGCUCACUGAAUUUGGCCUCACAGAAUUUCUGGCUGAACAUAUAGACAACUGGUUGCCUCCUGAUAAACCUGCUGAUAAACUCGAUUAG